AUGGCGGCCCCAUCAGAUGUCGAUUUUCCUGGCGCAUUCAUAUCAAAUAUUCGACUGUUGCCUACGACGUCGGAGAUACUAUGCAGUGAGGGGGCAGAUUUUCUUCCAAAGCAACAUCAUGAGAGUGGCAUAUCUCGACUCGUAGACUCUCAAUUUCGACUACUACGAGAGGACACAUGCGGCUUGAUUCGCGAUUCAGUCCGUUCCGUUUUGAGAAACUGGCAGGUAUUAGUUCAUGGUCGUGAUUGGAAAUUAAAACGACAAAUUCUUUCUCACCAGUCACCGACCCCUAUAAGGCUCUACUUCAACGUCAGGGUUCAACAAUUGAAGGCUGAUCCGUUGAAGGGUAUGGAAAUCGACAUGGAAUUUGAUCAGCUGUACAAGCUUGCAAAACUAAGCCCGGCACACAGAGAGAAAUGGUGGCGUGAAUCUGACACACUGAGAGAAGGCAGUUCCAUUCUGGCUCUUAUCGAUGGUGAAUGCCAGGAUAAAAUCAGUGUUGUCUUUUGUCUAGUUUCCAGACGGGUGAUUGAAUGCUCUGAUCGUCACAAAAAAAAGGGCUAUCCUGGACCAAUUCCUGUUCGUGACUUGGUUAGCAAUGCUACCAGAGCAUCAGUGGUGCUUCGUUUAGCAGAUCAAGGAUAUGAGGCUGAUGUAUCAAACCUCGUUCGAUUGAAGAGCGACAAACUAUUAUCAAGAUCACUUCUACUGGUUGAAUUUCCUGCUUUAUCAUACAAGUCUUUCGAAGGCAUUCUACGAAGAUUGCAAGAUAUUCACCAAUCUCAUGCCCGAGUCCCUUUCGCUAGGUGGCUUGAACCUGGCAAAAAGCAUACAAAUUUGAGAAGAUGUUUCACUAAAAGUCUCACCGCAGGCGAAAUUAUGGUGCCGCCGCCUGCAUACAUCAAAGAUGGGAUGGUCUUAGACUUCUCCUGCUUACCCAAGUCUGCGCGAAAAUUAGGCGACAUCGAUGCUUUGUUGAAAGUCUCGCUGCCAAAGGACUCCAGAGCUCUGUCAGACCAACUAUCCAAAUUUACGACACUGAAUACGGCCCAAGCAGAUGCAAUGGCUGCAGCAUUAAGGCAGGAAGUUGUACUUAUACAAGGGCCUCCAGGAACUGGAAAGUCAUACGUGGGAGUACAGCUUGCCAAGUGCCUUUUGCAGAAUCGAGAUAUAUUGCAAUUGGGACCGAUUCUUUGUGUUUGUUACACCAACCAUGCCCUAGAUCAAUUUCUUAACGAGCUUCUUAACUCCGGUAUCACCAACAUUAUUCGAAUUGGACAUGCUAGUGAGUCUCGUCUAGCAGAACUCUCGCUUGACCAUGUGAAAAAAUCUCGAUCUAAAACAGCCUUUGAUGAGUCCGGGAGGACUUCCAGAGUCAAUACCAAUGCUAGCAAGGCAAAAUUACUGGGCUUAAGUCUUCACAUUGAUGAGAUUUGCAAAUCAAUCAAUGAAGAUGGGAAGGUUGUUGGUAGGUAUAUAAGGAAUGAAUUUCCUGAGCAAUCUCAGUAUCUCCUUAACAUCCUCCCAGAUCAAGACAUUUGGGAACUAACGACUGCUGAACGCGUUCAUUUAUACGAACAUUGGAAGCGCCUUGCCUUCUCUGAGCUUUCGGAGCAGUUAUGUGAUUUUUUAAAACAACACGUGCAAGAAAAACAAAAUCAUACCAGAAUUUAUCAUGAAUACGACACCGUUAUUCUGAACGAAUCGGGAGUUAUUGGGGUUACUACCACAGGCUUAGCCAACAAUGCGAAUCUCCUAAGAGACGUCAACGCUAAGGUCUUGAUAUGCGAAGAAGCUGCAGAAAUCCUAGAAUCGCAUAUGCUCACGGCGCUACUACCCUCAAUCCAGCACCUUAUAAUGAUCGGGGAUUACUUACAGCUACGGCCGCGAAUAUCAAAUCCUAGAUUGUCAAUGGGCUACAAUGGCAACGGCCCUAAGUACAAUUUUGAUCAGUCUCUAUUUGAACGGUUGGCGUCUUCAAAGUUCUGCGACCUGAGUUUGAAUUCACAUCCUGGGCAGAAACUAGCGGAAUCUCGAUUUCCUAUUAGCCAGCUUAGUCACCAGCACCGAAUGCAUCCGUUGAUAUCAACAUUGAUUCGCGAAACAUUGUAUCCUGGCCUGCAAGACCAUCCUCGUACCAAAGAAUACUCAAAUAUUGCUGGUAUGAAGCGCCGGCUCUUCUGGUUAGACCAUCGCAACUGGGAAGACACGCAUGUCCCGGACGAGCCAAUGCAAAGCAAAACAAAUGUCUGGGAGGCCCGCAUGGUAGUAACAUUAGCCAAGCAUCUUUAUCGACAGGAGAGGUAUGGAUCUAGAGACCUUGCUAUAUUAACACCAUAUGCUGGACAAUUAAAAGUAUUGAAAAAAAUGCUGGAAGAUACGAAUCUGAACAAAUUGAGACUGGCUAUUAUUGAUGACUUUCAGGGCGAAGAAGCCACAGUUGUCAUCGUGUCUCUUGUCAGAAGCAAUAAACGUCACGACUGCGGAUUUUUAAAAUCCCCGAACCGAAUCAACGUUCUUCUAAGUCGUGCCAAAGAAGGUAUGUAUAUCAUUGGUGACGCAGCUACUGCAGCUACUGCACCACUAUGGCAGUCUGUCAUUGAGCUUUUCAAGAAAGGUCAAAAUAUUGGUCAAGAACUGCAGUUAAGCUGCGCUCGCCAUCCGAAACAGACUGCUUGCGUCUCAAAUCCCGACGACUUUUCCCGGGCUGCUCCGGAGGGUGGAUGUGCCCAAACGUGCGGCCUAAGAUUACAUUGCGGACAUAGGUGCACUUUAAUGUGCCAUUCGGAAACACAUCACCGGGCUGUUCGAUGCAUGCAAUUAUGUCAUCGUAUGAGAGAUUGUGGUCACUUUUGCAAUAGAAGAUGCAAUCAGCCAUGCGGUGAAUGUCCAGAAUUGGUAGAGAAUAUCAUGCUCCCAUGCGGACAUACAAUUGUAACAGAAUGUGGCAAAAUUGCGACCAUUUUUAAAAUCAAGUGUCAGGAGGCCGCCGUUCGAACAAUGGCUCCAUGUGGUCAUAAACUCGAAGUACGUUGCCACGAAAACUCGGACAAUCUCGAUUGCUCGCACACAUGUGAUACUCGCUUACCUUGCGGGCAUGUAUGCUCAAAGGUGUGCUGGAAUUGCAGAGGUGGUGAUCACGGUCCGUGUAACGAAAUAUGUGGCAGGGCGUUCAAUACCUGCUCACAUGCAUGCAGUCGUCCGUGUCACCCAGGCUCUACAUGUCCUCCCUGUACUCGACCAUGUGAGAUCCGAUGCAGACAUAACCAGUGCCCGAAAAACUGCAAUGAACCCUGUCCACCUUGUGCUGAGUUAUGCGAAUGGAGUUGCGAACACCGCGACAAAUGCAAUCUUCCAUGUGCCGUUCCUUGCGACAUCAUCCCUUGCAAUCUCCGUUGUACCAAGAGUUUAUCGUGUGGACACCAAUGCCCAGGAGUCUGUGGGGAGUCGUGCCCGACCUCUGAUCAUUGCCAGAUAUGUUGUAAACCAGAGGUCCUUAGCCGGAAUGUCGACCUGAUAGAGUUCAAAGAGUACAGAAAUAUUGAUAUUGACAAAGAUCCUUUACUUUUUCUCUCCUGUGGACAUUUCUAUACACGAUCUUCUCUCGACGGAGUCAUGGAAAUGAGGCAAUACUAUAGCACCGAUGACUCCACAGGAAAAAUUAUUGGGCCCAAGCGCGAGACAUGGGGCUUUGACUCCCAUGACAUCCCAAAAGGAUGUCCAGAAUGUCGGAUGUCCCUUCGUGAUGUAGACCGAUACAAUAGAGUUAUCAAAAAGGCAUUACUGAACGAGGCUACAAAGAGGUUUGUUACCUGGGCACACGCAGAACGUAUGAACCUAUUAAAUGAGCUGGAGCAAUUGGAAAUUGAAAUAGAAAAUGAUCGCGCACUUUUUAUUUCCAAAUGCUCGAAACCCAACACUAACAACCACAAGUCAACACAAAUCAACAUGAUUUUAGACUUAUACAAAAAGAGAGGAACGGAACUUUACAAAAAAAUCAAGAAUUUCGGAAAGCUGGUUUCCAAGACAGAGCAACCCUUCGGAAGAGUGCGAGAUUUAUUGGCCUACACUGUCGCUAAGCAGCGGGGCAUAUUGACUUCGUUCAAUUUUGAUGAUUCGGUCAUCCAAACUGGGUUUCAGCUCUACGGCCAAUCCAUGAGCCUUCGGCUGGUCUGGGCCAUGCUUUGGGACUUUCAUGUGGUUUCAGCACACGAGUUCAUUGACCCACGGAUCGCCUACGUAUUGUGUAAAUCGAUAUCGACUAGAACCGGCGAUAUACUCGAGAAAUGCUUGGCUCUCAUGAGCUCUAGCAAGCAUUCAAAAUUCCUCGUUGAAGAGGUCCAAGCAAAAUUAUAUCAUGUGAAGUUUUCGACACUGUCAAUUAUUAAUCAACAAAUACAACGGCAACCACUUGACUUGGGAGCCCAAAUUUUAGCUCGGGAACAGGCAGAAAUGACCCUUAACGAGUGCGAAAGCCUUUGUCUACAAUACCCAGGAACUCUUAAUUUCCUGAGAAACGAUAUUCAAAAGGUUUGGUCAUUGGUUAAUGGAUUGGAGUUUUACACUUUUGUAACGAACGAAGAAACAAGGCAGGUGUACGACGCAAUGGCAGAGCAGUUCUCAGGUACAGGGCAUUGGUACUACUGUCGAAACAACCAUCCGUUCACAAUCGGAGAAUGCGGUAUGCCAACAGAGGAGGCUCGUUGUCCAGAGUGUGGUGCAUCAGUCGGUGGGCAAGACCACGUAUUUGUGCAGGGGAUCAGUCGUGCCUUUGAUAUGGAGCAUGAGUUUUCGCGGGGAGGGUAA